AUGGAAGGUUGUGAGGACCGCGGACAGCUCUACUACCACCCAGUUUAUCUCUUUGCUGUUAUCUUCCAAGGAACAUCCGGCUAUUUGACAUUUCCUAUGCUGGCUAUCAUUCUCAAGAAGUAUGCUUUCAAAGUUUACUACCAUCCAAAUCUUGUGUUCUUGAUGAUGUUGAAUGUUGUCACUUGUCUCUUGUUGGGUGGGAUCACUGCCUGGAGUGCAACCAAUUUCUUCAUCAAUCUUAUGAUCAAGCCGACCCCAUGCGAUCUUCUCUUGAAGACUCAUUUCUGUUCAAAAAUCCGAGCAACAUUCUUGUUCGCUUUCUGCCUGGUAACCACUAGCCAUGCUGGAAUCCUUAUCGAACGUACAUGGGCAACAUACAGUGUAAAGCACUAUGAAAAGCAAGGAAAAGCACUUGGAACAAUUUUGGCUAUCAUAGCGGUCGCCGUCGCUGCCACUGCAAUAUUCAUCGUGAUUCUCCCGGAAGACGGAGAAGAAAUGAUUACAACUUGCUUGACAUUCUCGGCUUCCAAAUCAAUCGGAUCCCGAAUCUAUGUCAUGUUCUUUUGCCAACUUCUUCUGGACGCAGUAAUCUCGAUUGUGCACUUGGUUUUAUAUAGAUAUAACAAAAACGCCGACAAAAAUGGCUCAAGUUCCUUGUCAGAGCAGUUCCAAAGAAAUGAAAAUGUGAAAACCUUAAAACAAGUGACACCAUUGUUGAUUCUCUCCAACAUCACCAUCGGUGUCUACAUAUUUAUUAUUUCUGUUUUCCGGUUGUAUAAAGACCGACUUCCAACUAAUUGGUAUGAAAUCAUAGCCGCUAAUCUUUUCAUAAUGCCUCACAUGCCAUUCAUGUUCACGUCCCUGAUCCUCAUCGAACUGCACUUGGCGAAGAAACGUCAAGCACGUGUCCAUAAAGAUAUGAUGGCUAGUCAGGAUGUUCCGUUAGAUGAUCAGUUCCACAUUGCCAUUGAAAACUGGGAUGUGCAAUUCCAGUCGCAUUUAAAGGCUCAAACCUUGGCGGCUCGCGGCAAACCAGCAACAUCAUCCUCAUGGAGUCCAUCAAAGUUCAUGUCAAAGUUCAAGAAGCGUCAGAGUACGGUGGCAGUAGUUUCUCUUCCGUCAACUCCAGCUUAA